CGGAAACCGGAGCGGGGCCAACACGACCCACCACGCUACAGAACGCUUUGCGGAGACUCCUUGCCCAGACAGAGCAGAGGAGGCGGAGCUUGUUCCUUUUCCAAUAAAAAAAAAAAAGCAGGAACGGCCAGGGUAGUGGAAAAAGAAAGUAGGAGGUCUACAUCCGGGUACCUGCUCGCAAGUCCAAAGGGCGAUAGGUUGCCUAUAGACACUUCCGGCUACCGAUUGAUGCACUGCCAAUAACGAAGGGAAGAAGUAUUUGGAAGGGCCAUACAUGCCAUAGCACGAAUCAGUGAUGAAUUUUGGUUUGAUCCUAUUGAAAAAGGACUUGUCCUCAGGUCAGUGAAUUCUUCUAGGUCAGCCUAUGCCUGUGUCUUCUUUUCAUCCAUGUUCUUUCAGCGCUAUUCCUGUAGAAAUACGCCUGAAUUGGGUUUGAAUAAAACUCACAUACAACUUGUGUACAAAUUAGUAAUAAAGGCUGUCCUGCCUGUAUUUCGGUGCCUAAACACACUGGAAAGGAACAUAGAGAAAUGCAACAUCUGUACAAACUUGAAUGAUUGCCAUAUUGUUUUUCAGCUUUUCUGCAAACAUGGUGUUGUAAAAACCUAUAACUUAGCUUUUCAAGAAUGUGAACCUCUGCAAGCUGUGUUUGCAAAGCAUCUGUGCCCCAAUGUAAUGAAGAUCCAAUCAAGGCAGCUGUCUGAUAUACUGAUUCAUUUUCCAGCCUUUCAAGAUGAAGUCACUUUAGCUGUAACGCCAGUAAAAGUUUGUUUCAAGACUUAUGUUGAGGAGGAAAUGGAUUUUGCAAAGGCAAUGCAUACUGAAAUACAGAUCAGUCCAGAAGAAUUUGAAUACUUUCAGGUUGGAGUAGACUCUGAAAUCACAUUUUGCCUUAAAGAGCUAAGGGGACUUCUGGCUUUUGCUGAAGCUAUCACUGCUCCAGUCUCUGUGCAUUUUGAUGUUUCUGGAAAGCCAGUUGCUUUCAGCAUUGAGGACAUGGUAGUAGAAGCCAAUUUUGUGUUAGCUACCUUAGCAGAUACGGAAAACAGGACGUCUUCUCAACAAUCUCCUUGUCUUUUGCAAUGCCAGAAAAGGAACCCUGCUCUAGACAGAAGCAAUGAAGACAUAAUCUCCAGCAGAUGCAUCAAAGAGAUGGAAGCAGCUAUAAAUGCAGCAGAUGGCUUUACCAUGACGGAGGAAGUUGUGCCACCCAAUCCUGGAUAUAAUAAGUUUCAUUCCCUGUUCUUUGGAGCAGUUUCGCCCAAGAAACAAGAUAUCACUCAAGUAUUCCAGAGUUUGGCAACAGCAAGUGACACUGAAGAUUUUGGCAAUGGACAACAAUCCUCAACUUUUUAGUAGUGCAAAGUAUACAUCUGCCAACAGUGAUUUACAUUGCCAUGAAGUAAUGUCUGUAUCCUUGGCCUACAGGCAAGCUGAGGUUUUGCUUGUUUUAGAGGUUUUUGCAUACUCUUCUGUUGUAGCCCACUGUUUCAUAGUGUUUUAAAUCCAAAUGUUAAUUAACAGAAGUUUCUGAAUGAAUUUAAGUUGUCUCAGGUGUAAUGAGAUUUACUUAUGAUCCAACCAAACCCAAUUACAGUACACCCAUUUUGCCACGUUUGCACUUGUUACUGUUUGACUGCAUUCUAAUGGCACAGGGUAACUUAGAGGAAAGACAAUGAAGAAGUGGCAUACAUCCAGUUCGCUUCUUCAUGCUCCUUUUAAACCAAAUUUUGUAACAUGAACUGGAACAACUAGUUUUAGUUCAAGUAUAUUAGAAAAGAUUAUGGAAGUGCCAUAGUCCUUUAUGGCAGUAACUUAGAAUGCAUCAGAAGCCUCCCUCAUUUUAUAAGCACGUACAGAGUCAGAGAUAUACUCCUCUCCCACAACAGUGAAGUCAGAAUGCAUUCAGCUGGUUCAGCCCUGGUAACAGGCAGUUACCCAGAGCAACCUAACAAAAAGCAACUAGUCACACACUGCUCCAUAUAGUCUCUGCUUUAAGAUCCACUUUCUUUCAACUCCCACAGUGAAGGACAACGGGUACUGAACUGCCAUUGAAAUUUCAGUAUGCUGAAAAACAGGCCACCUAAUAGAAGUAGAGAAUUUGGGUCAUUUCUGUAGUGGAUUUAUUUACUACAUGCCAAUAAAGUCAGAACUGUUUAAGCUUUUUUAAAGAACAUUUGGCACUUUGCUUUCUAAACCAAAUUCCCCAUUAUGUCAGGUUUUACUAUUAGUGCUUAUAGUUCAUGGGUCUCCCUUUCCACCUAUCUUAAUAAAGCAUGAGCUAUCAGGAACUUGUCCUGCGUAAGGCCUGAAAUGAACAGAACUUAUGCAAGGACACAAAUGUACUAUUGUGAAAGUCCCUUUUGCUGUCAUGGAACUUAUGCAAGAGAAGUACCUUAUGGAUUAUGAAAAGGCCUCCAGAAAAGAAAUUAAUUGUUUUAGCCAAUAUUUUAUAUUUUGACUUCUGCAGUUUGAAAGAGCAGCUUAUACCACUGAGGGAUUUGAGAAACUUGAUCUUUUGAAAUUGGUGUUCUGCAUGUAAUCUGUAGAAAAUUCAACUGUAUUGUAUGUUUAUUUGCAUGUCUAUUUAUUUUCACAUUUCCUAGCUGGGCAGUAUUAAAUAAAUUUUUACCUUUAAACAAUCA